AUGGCGCUGUGGCGGAUCCAGGCGGUGCUGGGGACGACGCUCGCGCUGGCGGUGGGGUCGUUCAACGCGGGGAGCGUGGCGACGAUGGCGGAGGCGGGGUCGCAGUUCGGCGCGCAGCUCGCGUGGGCCUUCGCCUUCGCGCACGGGCUCGCGCUGCUGCUCAACCUCCUCGCCAUGCGCGUCGCCUUCGCCACGCGCCAGUCGCUGCCGCUCGUGAGCCUCGCGCCGCCGCGCUGCCUUAUAAGAACUGUUUUAGGCUUUCCUGCCCUGAUCCACGGGUUUCGUCGCUCCGCGCUUCAUCGUCCGCCCGGCACGCUCUCCUCUCGCCUGCGAAGCUUUUUGCCAGUCAGAUCCCGUCUUUCGCCGCAUUGCCCGCUGCCAAUCCUCCCCUUCACUGCUCCUUCCCCCCCCAACAUCCCCUCCCUUCCGACCCACCCUCCCUGUCACUUCCCGCGUGACCACUUGCGCGGCGCGCAGGUGAUUGUGCGCGAGUAUCCGCGCGCGUUCUGCCGGCUGGUGUGGUUCAUCUGCGAGGCGUCCGUGCUCUGGUUCGACCUCGUCACGGUGCUAGGCAGCGCGGUGGCGCUACAGCAGCUGCUGGGGGUGCCGUUCAAGGCGGCGCUGCUGCUGCACGCUUCCUCCCGUCCCCCAUCCUUCCCGUUCCCCCCGGCCGGCCCCCUCCCCCCUUUCUUCCCCCAGGUGUUGGGCAGCGCGGUGGCGCUACAGCAGCUGCUGGGGGUGCCCUUCAAGGCGGCGCUGCUGCUCGCCGCGGGCUCGGGCGUGCUGCUGCUCCAACUGCCCCUGCCGCAGGCGCACCAGGCGGUGUCAGCAUGUGUGGCGUGCGCACUCCUCGCGCUGCUCUGCGCGGCCCUGCAAUCCCUCCUCGCGGGUCCCGCCUUCCUGCUCGCCUCGCUCUCAGCCGCGCUGCUGCCAGCAGUGCCGCCCGCCUCGCUGCACCUCGUGCUCGCCGCCAUCGGCGCCCUCGCCCUGCCGCACCGCUUCCUGCUGCUCUCCGCGCUCGUGGUGCAGCAGCAGCAGUACCGCCGCGACUUCAUUCGCUCCCAGCUGCUCGCCGCUGCCGCCACGCUCGCGCUGCUCCUGGGGGCCUCUGCUGUAGGCCAGGGCACGGGGGCGGACGGGGGCGGGGCAGGCGGACAGGAAGAUGGAGAGGGGUUUGAAGGGGUGGAGGGGGGCGGGGAGGGGCGGGUGGUGCGGCUGUGGGGCGUGUACCGGCUGGUAGAGCAGGUGGUGAACGGCAACGUGGCUCCCACCUUCACCUCCCUCGCUCUCCUCUCCUCCUUCCACCUCUCCACCCCAACCAAUGCCUACGCAGGCCAGCUCUCCGCCUCCACCUUCGCCCACGUGCACCUGCGCCCCUGGCACCGCUUCCUCCUCACCCGCGCCCUCACCCUCCCGCUCCUGCUCCUCCUCUCCCUCACUCUCGGCGACGGCGCAACUCUCUCCCUCCUCUCGCACUCCCAGCUCCUUCUAGCCCUCCUCCUCCCGCUUGCAGCCGUCCCCCUGGUGCGUCUGGCGGCGUCCCCCGCGCUCAUGGGGCGCCACCGCGUUGGGCCCGCGCUGGAGCUCGUCAGCUGGGCGGCGUGCCUCUCUGCCUGCGCCCUCUCUGUGUGGUUCCUCGGGGAUGCACUGCUGCGCUUUGCCACGGCAGAGGCCGUCGCAGGGGGGGCAGACGGGGAUGAUAUCGGGGGAAUGGGGCUGUGGGACUGGGUGGUCGCGGGGGAGUUUUUGUCUGCGGGGGAAGGGGAGGAGGACGACGGGGAGGGGCUGGCGGUGGGGCUGUCGCCGUCCGCUGUGUGGCGCAACGUUCGGCAGCUAGUGGCGGUGUUUGGCGGGACGGCGCUGGUGGGCGGCAUGGUGGGCGGGCUGCUUUGGCUGAUGCUGCUGCCGCUACGGUCGGAGGACGAGCAGCAGCGCCGAUUGCUGCUCUCCCACUCCGCCUCCGCCUCCCUCUCCGCGCCCUCCCCCUCCUCCGCCUCCGCCCCCACCUCUCUCCGCCGCCCCCGCCCCCUGCCACUGGCAGCAGCGCAGGACAGGCGGGGCGGGGAGGCGCGGUGGGGGGCGGAAAGAGAGGGCAGGGCGGGCGCGGGGGGAACAUGGGAGCUGCCCCGCCCCUCCGCGUCCCCUGUGUCUGGGCCGCUGCCAGUGUUGCUGCCUGGCGCGGAGAGAGGGGGGGAGAGGGCGGGGGAGAAGGGGGAGGGCGCGGAGGGGGGGUCGUGGAACAGUGCUCUGAGGAGGCGCGUGGGGGGGCAGCAGCGGCAGCAUGGGGGGGACAGGGGGGAGGUGGGGGAGGGCGUGAGGGGUGUGGUAUCAGAGGGGGUGGGUGGGUAUGGUAGCAGCAGUGGCAGUGGCGGUGGCGGUAUGGGUGGAGUGGGAGCGGGAGUGGGUGGGGAGCGCAUGCGAGUGCAGCGAGCAGCGUCGGUGUCGGGGUGUGUGGCGGAGAGGGAGGUGGGCGGAGGAAUGGGCGCAGGUGUGGGCGCAGGUGUGGGCGCAGGUGUGGGCGUGCAGGGGGGAAGUGGCAGGGAGGCGGAGAGGGGCAGGCAGGGGGCGGGGAGAGCCAGCAUGCUGUCAGCGGCAGGUGGCGAGCAGUGGCAGGUGAAGGAGGGGGGGGCGCAGCUACAAGCAGGCCGGCUUGGUGGGGAGGAGCUCGCUGUCUCCGUGCGUGCCGUGGCAGCCGCAGCAACGGCCACAGCAGCAGCAGGCGCAGCCGCAACAGGUGCGGGAGCGGCAGCAGCAGCAGCUGUUGCUGCAGGUGGGAAGGCAGGGGAGGAGAGGAGGGGAGAGGGCGAAAAGGGUGUGGUAGGGGGAGAGGCGGUGUUGGCACCAGGUUUUGAGGCGCCUCAACAAGCGGUGCUGGCACCGGGAGUGGCGGGUGAAGGGCGUGUAGGCGACCCUGUGCUGCCUGCCCCUGCACCGGUUGUACCGUCACCAAUUGCCCCCGCCCCGGUUGCAGCUGCACUGGUUGCACCUGUACCGGUUGCACCCGCACCGAUUUCAUCUGUUGAGAAGGUUUCAUCUGUUGAGAAGGUUUCAUCUGCUGAAACGGUUUUAUCCACUGACAUGGUUUCGCCUGCUGAGAAGGUUCCAUCUGCUGAGAAGGCUUCGUGUGCUGACAGGGAGGGGGUGAUGCGAGGAGAGGGGAGCGCGGAGACAGAGCAGGAGGAGAGCGGCGAGGAGGAGAAGAAUGGUGGGGAGGGGGGCGGAGGCAAGGGGGAGGGGGUGGUGGUGGUUCCGUUUGAUAGAGCGGUGACUCUGGCGGAUGGCGUGGCGGGUGUGCGCCAUGGCACUGGUGGGGGCACUGGGCUGGGCGAUAGUGGUGCAGGCGCAGGGGACAUUGGGGGGGAAACAGCGGGGCUCGGGGAGACGAGCGAGCAAGGGGAGAUGGGCAACGAGCAGACGGGCAGGGAGCGUGGGGAGGCGGCGAGGAGCGAGGGCGUGGUAGGUGCGGACGAGGUGAGUGAGGGGAUGCGCGUGGUAGAGAGGGCAGGUAUGGCGACAGGGCGUGCGGGACAGGGAGGCGAGGGAGGGGAAGGAGCGGAGGGAGAGGAAAAAGGAGAGGGAGAGGAGCAAGGGGAGGGGGGCGGGGAGAGAGAGGAGAGUGGGGAAGGCGGAGAAGCAGAUACGGAAGCGAGAGAGCAGGGCACUGAGAAGGCUCAUGGCGAGGCGGGGAAGAACGGGAGUGUGGAGGCAUUGGGGGCGAUUGGGGAGGCCAUGGAGGCGGGCGGUAGGGGCAUGGAGGGGAAGGGGGAGACGGGAGAGGACGGGGGGAGGGAGGAGAAAGGCGAGGGGAAAGUGGAGGUGGGAGGGGAAGUGGAAAGGCUAGAGGAAAGGGAAACGGAGAGGAAGGAGGAAGCGGAGGUGGAAGUGGGUGGGGAGCAGCGAGGGGGAGAGAAAGAGGUGGUGGAGGGAGGUGGGGGGGAGGAGGCGUUGACACGGGAGGCCAUGGACGUUGGGGACGCGGGGGGGGCGGGGGGAGCAGAAGAGGAGGGUAGCGCGGGCAGGCUAGAGGGCCGACUGGAUGGGGAAAACGGAAAGGAUGCAGAGGGUGGGGAUGAAGGGGAGGAAGGGAAAGGGAAGGAAGGGAAGGGCUGGGAUGGUAGAGAGGAUGGGACAGUGGAGCAGCAAGGAGAAGGCGUGGAAGAGGGGCGAGGGCAGACUAACCUGGAUGGGCAGCCAGAGGCGGCAGGUGGGGGGGCGGGCAGGGCGCCCAUGGAAACAGUGGCGCACUCCCGGACGCCCCUGGGCGGAGGGGAAGCGCGGGCUGGGGAAGGGGGGAUGGGCGCGGGUGGUGGUGGUGGUGGUGGCGACAGUGGGAUGGGCGAGCAGGCGGAGGGUUCUGUUGUGCCCGCGGGAAAGGGGGAGAGGCGGGGGGAGAGGGAGGCAGCGGAGGAGGGGCUGGAGGGUGGGGGCGCAGGGGAUGCGAAGAGGCACCGGGUGGAGGGAGACGGUGGGGGAGAGGCGGAGGGCAAGGCGGGCACGGAGGGAAGGGCGGGAGCGGAGGGAUGUGCAGCAGCAGAAGCAGUGGUAGGUGGGGAAGUGGGGACAGGGGUGGAAGCAGAGGCAGGGGUGGAGGGCGCAGGGGAGAUGGAGGUGGAGGAGCAGGAGAAGUGGGUGGUGGCGGUGGGAGGGGUUGCAGAGCCGGGAGGAGUAGCCGCCUCUGCUCCUGCCGCAGCCCCACCACCAGUCGUGGUAGCAUCAGUAGCAGCAGCAGCUUCAGCUGCAGUAGUUAAAGCAGCAUCAGCAGCAACGGUUGCAGCCGGUGUGGCGGGUGGAAAGGUGGAAGGAGGCAAACCACAGCAGCAGCACCACACCCACCCCCAGCAGCAGCAGCAGCAGCAGCAGCAGCAGCAGCAGUCCCACCUGGCUCGGUCAGCCCUGUCCAAAUCCCCACCUCUGCCCGACUCCGCCCCCCUCCUCCCCGCCCCUGUCCCCCGCACGCCCUCCCCCCCGUCCGCCCAGGCUGCGCCCUUCACUGGCGCGCGCAGCAGCGUAGGCAGCCCCUGCGGGUCUGGAUCCCUCUCUGACCUUCUGCACCACUCCCAACCGCGCCAGCACUCCUCACUGCUUGCGUCCGCUGCUGCAGCUUCCGCGAGGGGCAGUGACGGCGAUGGGCUCGGCGCUCUGCCGUCUGGGCCAGGUGCCAUGGGCGGCAGCAUGGGCGGCAGUGGCAGCAUGGGCGGCAGCGGCAGCGGCAGCCUAUCACGCGUGUCUGGGCUAGGCAGGGGAGCAAGAAGGCAGUUUGCAGCCAUUCUAGACGAGUUCUGGGGGGGACUGUUUGACCUGCACGGCCAGCCCGUGCCCCUGCCCGCUGCCCGCUCUGGGGGUGGUGGCGGGAAGGCGGGCGGGAAGGGGGGAGGGGACGGGGGGAAGGGGAAGAGAGGCGGGGCGGAUGGGAGUGGGGGUGGAGGGGUCGGAGGGAUUGGAGUGGGGGCUGGUGCACGCUCCAGCAUGCUUGGGGCUGCUGCUACUGCUGCUGCUACUGCUGCUGCUGCUGCUGCUGCGGCUGCUGCUGCUUCCGCCGCUGCUGUCGGUGGUGCUAGUACCGCCGGCAGUGUCGGUGGGUAUGGUGGUGGUGGCGGUACAGCUAGUGCAGGUGCACCCAACAGAGCACAUCCCAUCCCUCCCGCCCUUCCCCCAGAGGAUCAUCUCUUUUCCCCUGAUCCCCUCCCCGACUCCCUCUCUCUCACCGACCCGCUCUCUCUACCCAACCCCCUCGCCCUCACCGCCCACCGCCGCUCCUCCUUUGACGCCUCUUCCCCCCCGCCCCCCCUCCACGACCCCUUUCUCUCCCGCGACCCCUUCUCCGCCCGCCCCUCGCUCUCCCGCCCUCCCCCUAACAUGUCCCCCCUCCUCUCCGCCUCCUCCGCCGCCCACCCCUCCCCCUCCGCGCGCCAGUACAGCACACUGGCGCAUCUCCCCAAGUUCUCCGACCUGCCCCCCCAGCAGCAGCAGUCGCUGCUCACCGCACCCCCCUUCCUCCCCUCGCUCUCCUCCCUCUCUGCCUCCCCCGCCCCAGGCGGCCCCCAUAGGGAAGUGGAGGGCCCUAGCCACUCCACCCCCAACCUGUACGCGGAUCUGCUGGCGCAGGGUUAUGGGGGGGGCGGGGGGAGGAUGGGCGGGGGAGGGGGAGGCGGAAUGGGGCUGGGGGGAGGGCGGGGGGCGUUUGGUGCGGUUGGGUCGCCGGCUAUGGGUGUGUCUGGGAUGCCUCCUGCUGCUGGGCUGCUGGGUGCUGCUGCUGCUGCUCCCUUCACACCUCAGUACCAGCAACAGCAGCAGCAGCAGCAGCACGCGUCCUCCUCGUUCUUCUCCUCCCAGCCGCACCCACACUUACAGCAGCAGCAACAGCCGUGGCAACAGCAGCAGCAGCAGCAGCAGCAGCAAUGGCAGCAGCGUGGGAACGGCAUGGAUGGCAUGGGCAUGGACAUGGGCAUGGGGAUGGGGAUGAAUCAACAAGGAAUACACAGGGGCAUGGAUACGGGCAUGGGCAUGGGAAUGGAUUUGAACAUGGGCAUGGGCAGGAACGAACGUCUGGACCAGUUAGCACAGAGCUAUGCGAGCUUCGCUCCUCCAGACGCCAUGCGAGGCACCAACCCCCUCUCCCAUGCACACGCCCACGCGCUUGAUCACCCCCAGGGCCACCCGCAGGGGCACCCCCACGCCCCCAUGCACCACCUGCUGCAGGCCUCCCCCUCUGCUCCCCCUGGCUUCCCCUUCCCCCGCCACCCCUCCCCCCCUGCGCCUGCAGGGGCGCCGUGGGGGGGAGGGGCAGUGGGGGCGGGGAGAGGGGGGGCGGAGUGGAUGGGAGACAGCAGCAGUGGCAGCAACAGCAGCAGUGCGUUUGGAGGGCCUGGUGGUAACCCCAUGGAGUGGCAGCAGCAGGGGCAGCAGCAGCAGCAGGGGCAGCAGCAGCAGCAAGGGCAGGGGCAGGGCGUGCAUGGCAUGGGUGCAGUGAAGCCCAUCGGCCCUCCCUCCCGCCGCCAGCAGGACGAGCAGCAGAGCAGCACCAGCAGCAUCACCAGCAGCAGCAGCAGCAGCGUGCAUUCUUCCCUGUGGGCCAGCAACCCGCGCGACAUGCUCUUUGGCACCCACUCUGGCCCCCUCUCCUCCUCCCUCUCCUCCUCCCCCGCCUCCUCCUCCCCUUCCUCCUCCACCCCUCUCGCCGCCCCUCCCUCCACCGCACCCAACCACUCCCCACCCAAACCAUCCCCCUCACCACCCCCGGCGAAACCCCACGUGCAAACCGAGGAAGAGCGCCGGAUGGAUCGCCUAAGAGUGUGCUUGCACCGGUUGCUACGUCUAGACGGUAGUGACUGGCUGUUCCGGUAUGACACGGGCAGUGAUGAGGACUUAGUGGCUGCUGUUGCCUACCGGGAGCGGCGAUUGGCAGGGGAUGCUGCUGCUGCUGUCGCUGUGGGGCUGGGCGGAGGGGGCGGUGGGGGCGGAGGGAGCGGGAAGUGGGGGGGGAUUUUGGAGGGGCAGGCGCAGGGGGGGCAGGGAGGGGGGGGGAAGGAGGGGGAGAUGGAGUUACCGCCGUCGAUAUGGGGGUGUGGGGCGCAGUGUGUGUGGGGGCCGCUGCUGGUGGUGUCGUUUGGAGUGUGGUGUGUGCAUCGCGUGCUGGAGCUGUCUCAGCUGGAGAGUCGACCUGAGCUGUGGGGAAAAUACACCUACGUGCUCAACCGCCUGCAGGGCAUAUUGGACCCGGCCUUCUUCCGCCCGCGCACCACCCCGCGCCUCUGCCUGUGCUACGGCGACCGAGCCUCUCUCCCAGCCCUCUCCGCCCAGCCCCUCUUCCACGGCGCCCUGCUCUCCGCCAUGCUCGGCUCCCAGCUGCCCCUCGCCAACCCCUCCUGGCCCCUCGGCGCACCCCCGGGGCAGCCCAAGCCUGCCUCUCCAACUCUGUUCCUGGAGCGGAUAAGAGAGGUGGAGGUGGCGGUGGGGGCGAGGAAGGGGCGCACGGGCACGGCUGCGGGGGACGUGGCGUUUCCCAAGGGCAAGGAGAACCUGGCCUCCGUGCUUAAGCGCAUAGCCACCACAUUGUCUGCUCCCAUUCUCCCUUGCUUGAUCGAUACAACACCAGGGCAAUGUCACUAA